AUGGAUAUCACGGAGGUGACCGUGGUACACCACGCAGCGCUCGUGCUGGCGGCGCUCUGGGCCGCCGCGGCUGCCGGCUGGGCGCACCCAGCGCUCUUCCUCGUCGCGCUCCUCUACAUAUUUGCGGUGAAUCAACGGUACACAAUGAGGUUGUGGAGGCGGAUACAGUAUGAGGAAAGGAAAUGUGCGAAUCAGAGAAAGCUUCUCUCUGAUGCAGAGACUGUCAGGUGGCUUAAUUAUGCUGUGGAAAAGAUUUGGCCAGUUUGCAUGGAGAGGGUUGCAUCCCAGCAGUUCCUUUUGCCCAUAUUCCCGUGGUUCCUAGAGAAGUUCAAACCAUGGACAGCAAGGAAAGCAGUAAUCCAAAGCCUUUACUUGGGUAGGAACCCACCGAUGUUUACAGAUAUUAGGGUUGUUAACCAAUCAACUGAUGAUGACCACUUGGUUCUAGAGAUAGGGAUGAAUUUUCUUUCAGCUGAUGAUAUGGAUGCAAGAAUGGCUGUGCAACUAAGGAAGAGAUUAGGAUUUGGCAUUACAACAAACAUGCAUAUAACUGGGAUGCAUGUUGAAGGAAAGGUUCUGGUAGGGGUGAGAUUUCUGCGACAGUGGCCAUUUAUUGGGCGUGUAAGAGUAUGCUUUGUUGAGCCUCCAUACUUCCAAAUGACAGUGAAACCAUUGUUUGGUCAUGGGCUUGAUGUAACUGAACUCCCAGGAAUUUCUGGAUGGCUUGACAGGAUGCUGGAUGUUGCCUUCGGACAGACACUUGUGGAGCCCAACAUGAUAGUUAUUGAUCUGGAGAAGUUUGCCUCUGAAUCAACAGACAACUGGUUUAGUGUUGAUGAGAAGCCACCUAUCGCAUAUGCUCGAGUGGAGAUCCUGGAAGGUGCUGAUAUGAAGCCAUCUGAUCCAAAUGGACUAGCUGAUCCAUAUGUGAAAGGACAUCUUGGACCCUACCGUUUUCAAACAAAGAUCCAUAAGAAAACUCUUAAUCCAAAAUGGCUCGAGGAGUUUAAAAUACCAAUAACUUCAUGGGAAGCACUCAAUCUUCUUUCUCUUCAAGUCCGAGAUAAGGAUCCCAUUUUUGAUGACACUCUUGGUGAUUGUUCCAUAAGCAUCAACAAAUUAAGAGGUGGAAAAAGGCAUGAUAUAUGGAUUGCACUGAAGAACAUAAGGACAGGGAAGAUUCACAUUGCUGUAACUGUACUUGAAGAAGAAAAUGAAAAGGUUCCUAAUGAUGAAGAGGAACAGUGUGGAAUACAUAAGGUGGACGAAGCUAGCACACCGAGGUCAAGUUUCUCCUCCAGGACCAACCAUAGUGAAUCUUCUGAUGAAUUCCAGAAGAUGUCUGAUGAAUUUGAGCCAGUUGACAUAGAAGGAUCAGAAAAGCCCGAUGUUUGGGUGCAUCGCCCUGGCAGUGAUGUCACCAGUGCAUGGGAACCUCGUAAAGGCCGUCCCCGGUGCCAGGAUUCCAAAAUUCACCGGGAGAAUGAUGCUUGUAGUGAUAGCCCAAGGUCAUCAGUGUCAGAAUCUCAUAGAAGUGACUCCAGCACUGAAGAAGCCACGAGCAGUAAAUCGCACCGCCACCUCCACAGGGUCAAGAAGGGUUUGGGCAAGCUAGCUGGAGCAGUGCUCCACCGGAGCCCAAGGAAAGAGAAUGACGACGAAGCUUCCCCAUGUGUAGUGCCUCACCCAAACAUUCGGCCAGUCGGGGAAAGCAGGGUUUCAGUAACAUAUGUGGUCGAUCAAGAUCCUGGGGCCAACAGAUCGGGGUCAAGACCAGAUGACCAGCAGCAAAGCCCUGAGAGAGAAGAGCUGGACAGCCCAACUAAAAGGCACCUGAGGAAGAAGGCGGUGCACAUGGUGAAACAUGCCGGGAAAACCGCUCAUAACCUAAAGAGCAUGUUCAGCAAGAAGGGCCUCGACAAGAGCAAAGAAGACCACCACAGUGAUGAGGAAGGUGACGUUGUUGUGAUGCAAAAAAAUGGCAUGGAAGUUGAUCCUUCACUACCAAGCAUUUGA